AUGAGACAACGACGAUGGCCACGACGCGGCAAACGACGCCUCAACGCCACAUCAACAACCCUAGUAAACAAGCACGGCAACACGUUGCCACGUCGCCAGACGACGAACGACGAAAUCGUCGUUCGUCGUCCUAGCUCGCUAACACCACGCCCAGAACGAGGGACGGACAGCACGUCAGCGCCCCACCACGUCAACGGAGGGCCACGCCAACAGACGACCCACACACCACCACGUCAACGGACCGCCACCACAUCAACGGACGACACCCACGUCAACGGACGACGCCCACGUCAACGGACGACGACGACGACGUCAGCGGACGACGACGCCCACGUCAGCGGACAACGAGCACAUAAGCGGACGACGACGACGACGUCAGCAGACAACGCCCACGUCAACGGACGACGACGUCAGCAGACAACGCCCACAUCAACGGACGACGACGACGACGUCAGCGGACGACGCCCACGUCAACGGACGACGGCGAGCACGUCAACGAAGACACGACAGGAACGACGUAAAGCACAGGCCGACGAACAGCGACGAGGCCCAGUACUCCCCACCACACUCUCCCCCCUCCAUCAGUCCCCAACACUCCAUCCACCCUCCCUCUCUUCCCUCCCUCCCUCCUUCCCUCCCUCCAUCCUUAUUCCCUCCCUCUUCCCUCCCUCCAUGCCCCCUCUCUCUCCAUUCCUCCCCCUCUCUCUCCAUUCCUCCCCCUCUUUCCCUCCCUCCCCCCUCUCUCCCUCACUCCCUCCCCUCCAUCACUCCCUCCCCUCUCCAUCACUCCCCAUCACCUCUCCCCAUCACCCCUCUCUCCUUCACCCCUCUCCCCCUUCCCUCCAUCCCUCCCCCCUCCCUUUAACACUCUAUGUAGUAGGAUAA